GUGAACCAGACCAACCAUGACAUGUUCUGCCCCGGAAUUACCUUCGAUGAAGAUGGAGAUCUUGUUGUCACCGGUGGUAAUAGCGCGCGCCAGACCACUGUGUAUAACAUCACCACCGAUGAAUGGGAGAAAAAAUCCAUUAUGCGUAUGGAUCGGGGUUAUCAGGGAGCAACCAUCCUUUCCGACGGCCGUAUCUUUGUUAUUGGGGGUUCCUUCGGUGAGGUUGUCAACCUGAAGAACGGCGAAGUCUACGACGUCCGAAAGAAUACAUGGACGGAACUCCCAGACGCCAAGGUGGCCAACAUGUUCACGGCUGACCGCGACGACUGGCGAAAAGACAACCAUGGCUGGCUUUUCGGCUGGAAGGUCAAAACUGUCUUCCAAGCAGGUCCUAGCAAAAUGAUGAACUGGUACGGCGUGGACGGCACCGGGUCAGUCACCGCUGCUGGUAAACGCAAUAAGAGGAAGUGGGGGGACAACAUGUGUGGGAACGCGGUGAUGUUCGGCUCGGGGAAGAUUCUCGGCUUCGGCGGAUCCCAAGACUAUGAGAAAUCCCGUGCCAGGAAUGAUACAUACCUGAUCUCCAUCGAUGAGCCGAAUACCAACGCGUCAGUGGUUCAGCCAGAUGGUAUGAAGCAUAAACGCACUUUCCAUAACUCGGUGGUGCUUCCCGAUGGCUCGGUCUUCACGGCCGGAGGACAAGAGCUCGCGGCCCCGUUCGAUGAAUCUACCAGCCUACUCGAGCCGGAGCGCUGGGUCUACAACGCGGAGGACCCGGCGCAAAGCCAGUGGGACACAUGGCUCCCCAACACCGUGGCCCGGACCUACCACAGCAUCGCGCUCCUGCUCCAGGACGGGACUGUCUUCGUCGGCGGCGGUGGCCUCUGCGGAAACUGCUCCGCCAACCACUUCGACGGACAGAUUUUCACGCCUCCGAAUCUUCUGAAUGACAACGGAUCCCUGCGCAAGCGUCCGGUCAUCAAGUCCGUUUCGCCAGCCGACGCGAAACCGGGUGACUGGGUCCAGGUCGAAACAGAUUCGUAUGUCGACCAGAAUGCAGCGUCCAUCAUUCGCUACGGCUCGGCCACCCACACGGUGGAUACCGACCAGCGACGUCUUUCCGUCUCGCUCUCAAGGAGCUGGAAGUGGUUUUUCAAAUACUCCUAUAGCUUCCAGAUCCCUCAGGAGCCUGGAGUUGCGACGCCUGGGUAUUACAUGCUGUAUGUCCUGGAUGACAAGGGAACUCCCAGCAAGUCCGAGAACGUUCGUGUAGCCGCCGUCUGA